GUGAUGUAAAUUUACAUAACAAUAACGUUAGUAGGGGUGAUUUAAAGAAGCUGUAACACGUAGAUAGGCCGCACAGGGACUUGACUGAAGAUCGAAAUAACAGGGAAGCCGUGUUGGAUUUUCAGUAAAUUAACUGCUCGUGUGGUCCCAGCAUCAGAAAUGUUCCCCCGGCGCAGUUCACCAGAAGCUGUAUCGUCUCCUCCAGUCAAACCAAUGAAGUCACCAGAAGCUGUAUCGUCUCCUCCAGUCAAACCAAUAGAGUCACCAGAAGCUGUAUCGUCUCCUCCAGUCAAACCAAUGAAGUCACCAGAAGCUGUAUCGUCUCCUCCAGUCAAACCAAUGAAGUCACCAGAAUCUGUAUCGUCUCCUCUAGUCAAACCAAUGAAGUCACCAGAAGCUGUAUCGUCUCCUCCAGUCAAACCAAUGAAAUCACCAGAAGCUGUAUCGUCUCCUCCAGUCAAACCAAUGAAGUCACCAGAAUCUGUAUCGUCUCCUCUAGUCAAACCAAUGAAGUCACCAGAAGCUGUAUCGUCUCCUCCAGUCAAACCAAUGAAGUCACCAGAAGCUGCAUCGUCUCCUCUAGUCAAACCAAUGAAGUCACCAGAAGCUGUAUCGUCUCCUCUAGUCAAACUAAUGAAGUCACCAGAAGCUGUAUCGUCUCCUCCAGUCAAACCAAUGAAGUCACCAGAAGCUGUAUCGUCUCCUCCAGUCAAACCACUGCUUGAUGAACCGCGACUCGUCGCCACCAUAGACACUGGGCAUGAAAAACUUCGCACUGUUAGCUGUCCCGAUGAAGAAAAAGUCUGGACAUGCGGGGAUAACGAAAUCAUAAAGCUCCUCGACCUCCAGGGUAACCUACGGACAUCAAUACAAACCAAGUCAGGGACCUGGCCACGUGACAUAGCAGUGACACGGGACGGAUAUCUUGUUUAUACAUGUACUGAUAGCACUAUACAUGUAAUCUUAGUGAAGAAUAAACAGAUACAGAACGUGAUCACACAACAUGGCUGGAGCCCUUUCAAUGUCUGCACUACCUCGUCUGGUGGUUUCUUGGUUACCAUGGAGAGUAGUGAUCUCUGCCAUUCCAAAGUUGUCCGCUACUCUGACUCCACAGAGACACAAACCAUUCAGUUUGAUGAUGAAGGUCGUCCUCUCUAUUCACCUGAUUAUAGCUAUAAAUACAUCAGCGAGAACAGGAACCUCGAUAUAUGUGUGGUUGAGAAGACAGCUAGAGCAGUAGUGGUGGUCAAUCAGUCAGGAAAACUCCGAUUUAGAUACACUGGUCAUCCCUCUAAUACCGAGCAAUCAUUUAAACCAGUCGGCAUCACUACAGACAGCCAGAGUCACAUCCUGACAGCAGACAGUACUAAUAACUGUAUCCACAUCCUAGAUCAGGACGGACAGUUCCUCUGUUACAUUGAGAACUGUGAAUUAGACACUCCAUGGGGCAUAUGCGUGGACAUCAGAGACAACCUCUUUGUUGCUGAGAAUCUCACUGCUAAAGUGAAGAAAAUCCAAUAUAUGUAAACACAGUGUUAAUUACAUUAUCUAAACACUAUGCCAAUUACAUAUCUAAGCAGAGUACUAUUACUGUGGUGUGUUAAUUAAUUGCAGUUGCGUUUUGAUUACAGCCCCGUGUUUGUGAUGUGUAACUAACAUGUACUUGUGUUUGUUUCGCUUGUUGAACAUUAGUCUCUCACUGCUGUUUAUUGAUUUUAUCUUACAAUAUCUGUAUUAUCAUGUUUAGUGGAACAAUAAAUAAUUCUAAUGUACUAA